AGAAGAAGAAGAAGAAGAAGAGAAAUGAAAAGGUCAAACUUGUAUGCGGAAAUGUUAGAAAAAAAUAUGGCAUCGGGAGGAGAAGGAAACGCUGAAGGAUCUUUAAAAGAUACCAUAGUGAAACAGCUAAUUGUGUUGUUAAAGAAUUUCAUCUGGAAGCAGAUCGAAAGACGUUCACUGGGUGAUGCUGAAGUGAUUCGGAAAGCACUGGAUGCACCACAGCUAUGUACCCCACAGAUGCAAAAAAUCUCUCAGUGUCUCCAGGUUGUUGGAGAUCAAGUGGAUGGAGAUGUUCAAAGUGCAAUGAAAGAUCAAACAAUACGUCCCUCAAUAGACAACUACAUAAAAGUUGUCCUCGGGAUAUUUUCAGACGGUGAAAUCAACUGGGGCAGGGUGGUUACAGUAUUUUCCUUUACCUGCCUAUUUGUUUUGAAAGCAUAUGAAGACAACAUUUAUGACAUGAUAAAAAACAUAAUCAACUGGACCAUAGAUUAUUUCCGGAAUAAGGUUGUCAACUGGAUAAAAGAUCAAGGUGGCUGGGAGGGGAUUUACUCCUACGUUGGCACUCCCACAUGGCAAACUGUGGCAAUUUUUCUGGCUGGUGUUCUCACCACCCUUUUCAUCACCCACAAUGCGAGGCGCCCGUGAGGCACAAACGGAAGAACUAUGCAACAGUUGAAUGAGAAGAUAAUGGGCGUCUGCAAGUCAAGUCAAACAAAAGGAACUCAUAUACAGGGAAGGAUUCUUUGUCUCCCAUUCGAUUGUGAGUUGGACUAGAAGUGCUCCUGUUUACAUGCACAAAAUCAGAGGGACGGGGAAGAUUUUAGAGUUAAAGGGGAAAAAAGUGAACUGAAUAAUUUUUAGUUGGAAAAAGCAGAGUUUCAGUAGAUGUCAUAACAUGUUGAAAAUGUAUUUACAUUUAUUUGCACUUUUGG